AGGCGCGCUGGCUCACAAGCAGCCGGGGGUGAGUUUUCUUCGCUCGGGCCCCGCCUCCUGCCCUCCCCUCCCAGAGCCGCGCGCAGCCCCCGAACCUCUCCAAGUCUCUUGUACACUUGCAGUCGGUCGCCCCAAAGGAGCAGCCGAGCUCGCGGAGCUCCAUUCCUGAGAGUCUCUCCCCGAUGGAGCUCGGGCGACUCCGACGCCGCUGCUGCCCGGAACCCUGAGCAGCGCCGGGUGCCUGGAGGACCGCGCCGGUCAGCCAGAGAGUGCCGGUUGACCGAGCGCACGCCGAGGACCCGAGACCUCGAGGCUCUGGGAAGCGCGCUGUGCGGCUCGCCCGGGUCACCUGGCCGGUGGCGGGGACCAUGGCUUUGAAGGACACGGGCAGCGGCGGCAGCACCAUCCUCCCGAUCAGCGAGAUGGUGUCCGCGUCCAGCUCUCCAGGCGCUCCGCUGGCCGCCGCCCCAGGGCCCUGCGCCCCGUCUCCCUUCCCGGAGGUAGUAGAACUGAAUGUUGGCGGCCAGGUUUAUGUGACCAAGCAUUCGACGUUGCUCAGCGUCCCGGACAGCACUCUGGCCAGCAUGUUCUCUCCCUCUAGUCCCCGGGGCGGCGCUCGGCGCCGGGGCGACUUGCCCAGGGACAGCCGCGCGCGCUUCUUCAUCGACCGCGACGGCUUCCUCUUUAGGUACGUGCUGGAUUACCUGCGCGACAAGCAGCUGGCGCUGCCCGAGCACUUCCCCGAGAAGGAGAGGCUCCUGCGCGAGGCAGAGUUCUUCCAGCUUACUGACCUGGUCAAGCUGCUGUCGCCCAAGGUCACCAAGCAGAACUCGCUCAACGACGAGGGCUGCCAGAGCGACCUGGAGGACAACCUUUCCCAGGGCAGCAGCGACGCACUGCUGCUGCGUGGGGCGGCGGCCGGCGCGCCCUCGAGUUCUGGGGCACACGGUGUCAGUGGCGUUGUCAGUGGCGGCAGCGCUCCGGACAAGCGCUCUGGGUUCCUCACACUGGGCUACCGUGGCUCCUACACCACAGUGCGAGACAACCAGGCAGAUGCCAAGUUUAGGCGUGUGGCGCGCAUCAUGGUGUGCGGGCGCAUAGCCUUGGCCAAGGAGGUCUUUGGGGACACUCUUAAUGAGAGUCGCGACCCUGACCGUCAGCCUGAGAAGUACACAUCCCGCUUCUACCUCAAGUUCACCUACUUGGAGCAGGCAUUCGAUCGACUCUCUGAGGCUGGCUUCCACAUGGUGGCGUGCAACUCCUCUGGCACUGCCGCCUUUGUCAACCAGUACCGAGACGACAAGAUCUGGAGCAGUUAUACUGAAUACAUCUUCUUCCGACCACCUCAGAAAAUAGUGUCACCCAAACAAGAACAUGAAGACAGGAAAUGUGACAAAGUCACAGACAAAGGAAGUGAGAGUGGGACUUCCUGCAAUGAGCUCUCCACAUCCAGCUGUGACAGCCACUCAGAGGCCAGCACUCCACAGGACAACCUGGUCAACACUCAGCAGGCUGUAUCUCAGCAGCCUAACACCUUAACCUUGGAUAGACCCUCCCGGAAAGCCCCUGUUCAGUGGAUGCCGCCACCAGACAAGCGCAGAAACAGUGAACUCUUUCAGUCACUCAUCAGCAAGUCCCGAGAGACAAAUCUCUCCAAAAAGAAGGUCUGCGAGAAGCUAAGUGUGGAAGAAGAAAUGAAAAAGUGUAUUCAGGAUUUUAAAAAAAUCCACAUUCCAGAUUGUUUUCCAGAGCGCAAACGCCAGUGGCAAUCUGAACUGCUCCAAAAAUAUGGGUUGUAGUAAUGAUGAUGUUCUGGGCGUGUUUCGAUGGCGUUCAAUGUUUACUACCAUGUCACCGCCUAACUGAUGGCUGGUGUGAUUCUUGCUGCUCUUCCUUUCUGUGAACAGUGGAUGUGGGACAGUAUUUUUUUUCAUUACUUUUAUUGUUGUUUUUAGAAAGAUAAUUUUAAAAAUGAAACCAACAAGUGUGUAUCAAAAUGGUUUAGCUAUCUGAUUCAAGCCAUUUUGUAAUAAUGAGCGUAUAAUGUGCAUGAUCAAGAAACUUAGAAUCUUGAUUUUCGAGCUGUGGUUGACUGGACAUGUUUGUCAUUCUGUAACUCACAAAACAACAAGUUAUCAUAUCACACCGAUUGAGACAAGAAUGUACAUGAAAAGACAUGAAAUAAAAAUUUCAACGAUGGUUUUAGGACCCAAAUAUACAACUGUUUAAAUGUUAAUGCAUUAAAACAAGUAUUAUUUUUUGCAUGAACACAAUGUUACAAAUAAAUCUCAAGAAAUAGGGAAGAACUGUUUGUGGCUUUGAAAGAAAAAAUAUUAAAAAAUAAAGCAAAUAUAUAUAUAUAUGUAAUAUAUAUAAUAGUUUCAGGCAAAGCCUGUAAUUGUAAACUGUCUAGGAUUGAACUUUUUUGUUCCCGAUCUGUGGUUCUUUUGUGUAAAUGUAAGGUGUUUCCGUAUGUUAAGAUGGUGUAAAUAUGCUUUAUUCUGUUAUGUUAUAGCAUCAACAUUCAUCAAUCAAAACUAAUCAUGAAUAUUUCUGUGAAAUGAGUCUUUUUACAUCAGGCUGUGAAACUCGUAUAAUGAUGAUUUAAAAGAUUCCAUUAUCAUGUUAAUCAAAAUAAUUGAAGGAAAUGGCAAAGAGCUUUAUGUGUUUAUUAAAAAUGGAAAAUGUAUUAGAAUUCCUUAAUUUCUUCUGACUUUUCUUUAAAAAAUAUUUUUUAUCAUCUUUGAUGUUCAUUUAAACACCAUAUUAGAGAAUGGUUGACAAAUUCAAAUGUUGGAAAGAUUGAACAUAAUUCAAACUGAGGUAGAGAGCCAGAUCGU